AAUUUCUUAAACCAAAGACGUGUUAAAUGUCCAUUUAUAAAACUUUUACACUGUCUAUAAUAUUGUGUCAUCUAUUCGCAGUUAUGGUAACAUGUAAUUUCCCUUCCCUUCAAAUUCAACCUCUUCAACCUGUGAACUUUCUACUUUGAUUUCUGCAAAAAAAAUUAUUGAGGCAUGGCCUCCAAAACCCUCUUAAAAAACCUAUUCAAGAUGUUCACAGCUUAAUUUUAGUUGGUGAGCAGGUGCAAGGAAAAUGGUGCUUUUACAUAGAAUUGUUUUUUGAAAAGUAAGUCCUCUGUCAAACUAGCUUAGUGUGAGGGCCUCUUUAUGAUCUCACUGUUUAAUUUGUUGUUUGGUCAGAGUAGCCACCUAUCAUUAUUUGCAUCUUUAUAUCUUUGAAAAGGUAAAGGACAGCAAAAUGGAUUAUCUUGUUGAGGCUGUGGCCCUGGGCAUUGAUGCCAUAGCUUUCGGUGUUGCUUAUCACAUGUUCCAAUUCAAGAAAUCUGCUAUUAAAUCAAUUGAGAAUGUUCAAUAUGUUGAAAUUGACGGGGGUCUGUUUGACCGAGUGGCCAAUCAGCCAGGCCAAAAACUGGAUUAUGUUGUUGUACGAGGGAAGGUGAAGGCCCUCAGUAGUCCAAUUCGCAGUCAAAAUGCCAUAAAUACUUUUGGUGUUGUGCAGAAAUUCACUACUAAAGAGCACCUAGUUACUCGUCAUAAUUUUGGCUUUUGGAGUGAACGCGAAAGAACCAUUCAAGAAGUUUAUAAUUCAAUCCCAUUUGCACUUCAGAGUGGAAGCAUUGAUAUUGAAGUUUCAGAUGCACUCUCAGCUUAUUACCUAGAUCUUGAAACAAUCUCUGAUGUGUAUGAACCUACUUCUGGAAGUUUUGUUGACUUUAUCUGGGGGUUUUUUACCGGUCUACGACCUCAAGGCCUACAGAAGACUGAAGAGAUGGUCAGAGAAGGUGUCUUAAUGACAGGCAUUGGUGAACUGGCUAUUACAGAGGACCAAGCAUCACUACGUUUGCAACCAUCUCAAGAUGGGCUCCCAUUUUUCUUGACAUCUUUGCCACUCAAUACUCUCUGUAAAAAACUUGAAAGUGAGAGGCAAACAUUUAAGUACUUAAGUAUAGUGUUAGGAGUUGUAGGACUAGGGUUGGCUGGCAUCAUGGCUCAUCGGUAUUACAAAAGUUGGCUUGAAAAGAAAAAGGAAGAGGAGCGUCUUCGUAAGAGAGAACAAACAAGGAAAGCAAGAAGACAACGAGCUCGUCCUGGUGAAGAACUACCAGACAGUCAACUUUGCAUCGUGUGCAAAGAGAACCCAAAAGAAGUGGUUCUUCUACCAUGUGGACAUGUGUGUAUUUGUGAAGACUGUAGUGAGGACAUUUCUGACCUUUGCCCUGUUUGUAGAGCAGAGAUCAGGUCACGGAAUCCAGCAUACAUCUCAUGAUACUGUCGGAGAAUUAAAGAGCUUGUGAAUUAAUAUGACAAGGUAUAUUUCCUCUCCUGAGGAGUGAUGUCUAUUUCUUAUAAAUUUUAAUUUUUUGUUUUUUAAUAAAAUGAAGUACAUAAUUAAAA